UUCUGUUCUAUUGUGCAUGCAGGAGAUCCAGUCUCUGCUCAUAAACUGGAAGGGUCCGGAUCUGACCACAUACGGCGAGCUGGUUCUGGAAGGAACGUUUCACGUCCACCGCGCUAAAAACGAGAGAACCCUCUUCCUGUUCGAUAAGAUGCUGCUCAUCACCAAGAAACGAGGGGAACAUUACGUCUACAAGACUCACAUCUCGUGUUCCACACUGAUGCUGAUAGAAAGUGCCAAAGAUUCGCUGCGCUUCAGCGUGACGCAUUACAAGCACCCCAAGCAGCCGCACACGGUUCAGGCCAGAACGGUGGAAGAGAAGAAACUGUGGGCUCAUCACAUAAAGAGACUCAUUCUGGAGAACCAUCACGCCGUUAUCCCGCAGAAAGCCAAAGACGCAAUCCUGGACAUGGACUCGACAUGUCCAGUGAAGUACCGCUACAGUCCGGACAGACUGAAGAAAGCGUGUCAAAAUGAAGAUUUCUCCGGUGUGUUAAAGGAACGGAGACGCUCUGAACCGGCUAAACGAACUGUACGAAGCACUAAAGGCACGCUUAAGCAUGCAGACAGCGAAGGUACUCUAUUAGUGGAUAAAGACCAUCUUUCCAUCCUGCCCACAACCGUGAGCUCAAACCCAGAACUCAAGACUGCGGUACCUGGAAUGAUUCAGAACGGACAAGAUCAUGAAUCCAGCACAGGCUCGCUGGAUGACAGUAGGCUUGAAGAGAAAGCAAAGAGCGCAGAGGACAGAAUAGGAGGAGAUAAUGGAGAAGAGGAAGAUCUGAUGGGAGUCGAGCAGGUAGCAGACUUUACCAGUUCAGUGUUGGCCGCCAUCUCCUGCUGGCAUCAUAGGGCUAAGGCUUUGCUUUUCGAUCAGAUCACCACGGACAGAGAAGGUUGUUGGGAAACUUGGCCAAUGAACAAAAGCAGCCAAACACCCACUAAAGAAAAGCCUGAUGAUACGAGUAAAAGUUUGACUCUGUUUGAACAGAACUCAACUGGGGAACACAGUCGAGAAAUCGGAGAUAAUGUUGAGGACAGUGUGGAUUUCUCAUCUCAGAAGAACCUCUCAGAAGAUGUGCAGAACAUGGAGGUAGAUGUGGACGUUGAAGCACCUGGUGGCCUCUUGUCUUCAUCCAUACUGGACAAGGCAAGUGAUAUCUCAGAGCGAUGUGCCAGCAGCCUCUCUCAAAGAAGUAGUCUAGGAGUCGAAGCGUCUUUUGACUUGGGCUGCCCGUCUUCUCUGUCGGAAAGUAGAAGAAGCAGUUUGCUCAGCAGUGGUGCUGAGCCCCACGAGAAAGACAAAAACCUAGAGUUUAGACGGUCCACUCCAGAACCAUUAACAGAGACUGUUCCCGACAGCCUGUUUAUACCAGACCAAAGAUCUCAAAUGAAACCGGAUACUCUUUCCAAAAAGGACCGAUUGCUCAUACAUAAGAUUCGACGGUACUACGAACAUGCUGAGCACCAGGAUGCCAGCUUUGCCGUCAAACGCAGAGAGAGCCUUUCAUACAUCCCUGCAGGCCUAGUCCGUAAUCUGAGCCAACAACUCGAUUACCUUGCAGACCAGGAUUUGGCAUUGCAUAAGAGGGCGUCUUCCAUCACAAGGCCAACAUUAUGGUCUGUCUUUAAUAUAUCAGGCUUGGGGGUUGACAAGAAAGCAAAGGAUAGCUCUGAUUUUCUGGUCCCUGCAAAUGGCAAAGAGUCCAAGCUUAGAGAUCAAAGUGGGAAUGAGGAAUUCCAGCCUGCAUCUGACAUGGUUAAAGUGUGGCAAGUCAUGGAAAUGGAGAUAACUGGGUCUUCUGAACAACAUCAGGACUCAGAGAAUUCCCAAAUGACUACACCUGGUGAAGAAAAGAAAGCAGAAACCAGUAAGGUGAGCUUGGAUAGUGGACUUGGGGAACCUCUGGUAAUAUUGGAAGAAUCCGAUGAAAGCUCUACCUCACCCCCAAUUAACAUCGUCUUAGAAAAGGACAAGAUGCAAGAGUUCCAGAGGCAUCCAAAAGAGGAACACAAGUUACAAGAGCAGCACAAGGUCAACCACCCUCCUCUACCAAAGAUCAUCUCCUUAAGGUCUGCCAGUGAGGAUGAACUAAUCCUUCAAGAUAUGGAGAAAAUGAAAAAUAAGGUGUUCCAGUUGGCCAGGCACUACAGUCAGCGUAUCAAAAACAACAGACCGGUAGUAAGGCAGAGGCCCAAGAUCUUGGAGAACCAUUUUUUGCCCAAGAACCUGUCUUCGGUCAUGGAGGAGAGACCUCCAGGAAAAGAGAAAGGCAUUCCUGACAAGCCACUGUUGCUGAACUUGAAUGAGCAGGACCUUAUCCCGGACUCUACGACUACUAGUCCGCCUUCCAGCCUCUGUUCUCCUGGAAGUCCUCAGUUCCUCAAUUGCAGAUUAUACGCUCAGAGACCACAAAGUCCUGUACAAACUGAGACCUUCCACUGGCCGGAUGUCAAAGAGUUGCGUUCCAAAUAUAACAGCCAAAGGCAAGAUGAUGCAUCCACUUCCCCUCGUCCGUUCCCAGUGGGUCGCAGUACUUCAUUUUCAGAAAGAGCUUUGGAGACUGAAUCGGAGAGAUCCGGAGCAUCGUGUUCAUGGUCUUGUUCAUCCCCUUUCUGCAAUAUCACAGUGCAGAGAACUACAUCCAUAGAUUCUACAUGUUCCAGCAAGACCAUUGAAGGUGAAGGUUUGCCUUCGCUGUGUAGAGUUAAUGCAUUUGAUUUCGGCUUGGGAUCCACUAAUGCACAUGAGCAACUGGAGAGAGGUUGCGACGCUGGUCAAGAUGAGAACAACCUCAUUGUAGUAGAGAGGAUCUGCAAGGCCAAACAUGAAGAGGAUGAUUUAGCAAUGGUUUCACAAUCUGAAUUUGCAAUGGCAAACAGUAAAGAGCACAACUUUAGUGAAUGGAUGGAAAAAGCAGAGAACAGUCAACAUAGUUUGGUUAAAAACCUGCGGGAUAAAUUUCAGAACCUGAAUUCUUAUACGUGAGACUUAUAACGCAAACUUUUUUUACUCUUAACACUCAGAACCUUAAAAUAUCUUACAGCUAGCAUUCCUCUCUCCAAAAUAUGUCAUUUGGCCACUGUUUGAGAGGCUUAGUAAGUCUUACACAGGUUUGGUGUUCUGUGUUUUUGGAAAGAAAGCAUGACUCUUCAAUUCCAGUUAUGAAUUAUCAGCAGAUGUCGUCCAAACCAACUGGAAAAGGGAUGCCUAUGGACCUCAGAGAAUAUAUUUAUGAAAUUUGCAUUUGUAAAUAUAUGUAUAUUAGCGUUUUCCUGUGUAUAUUUCAUUGAGAUGUAAACAUUUGUUAAAGGAGCUGACUGUGGUACUGUAAUUAUUAUUAUUUUUUAUUUUUUUGUAAUGUUUGGAAAAGUGGUUAAAUACGUAUUUGUUCUUCCAGACAUUUUGAAAAAAAAAAAAGCAAUAAGGAAGAAUAUAUAACAGGUCAGUGCAUACUAAGUUACCAAUGCGCCUAUUUUUGUUAGAAAUUUAUUAGUACACACAUUUUCACAUGUUUCCGGAAAAGCACUGCAAUAUUAAAUGCAAUGUUAGUUAUUUUGAUUAAACGCAAUGUUAGUUAUUCACUGUUUGUGUUCAAGCUCUGACCAGAGGAAAGAGGGUAAUCUCAUAAAGAUGUCAUUCCCCACUAAUGAGGAGAAAACUGGAAAUCAUAAUCCGAUUAGGCUGAUGAAUGAUAAACGGUGACAAAGACUUGAUGUCAUUUUCAAUCUGGAAUGUUUUCGGUUGGGUGUAUACAGUUAAAAAUAGUCAAAUAGUGCUCAGUUUGACCGAAUGUUUGGUGUCAAAUUAAAAUGCUGCUCUUUUUUGACAACGUAUUGUGCUGUCUUACUGUUGCUGAUUUUUAGUUGUUUAAAGGUCAGAUGUGAUUCCAACUCAUCUGAGAAUUUGCUUUUUGAGCAUUAUGAGGUAAUUCAAGUUAACGGAUACGUCAUUUGAGCAACAUAUAAUGCACAGUCACAAAAUGUGUUUUGGGUCACGUUUAAUGGGAUAUAUUAUAAGCCAUCUUAUUUUUGGUUGUAUUUUUCUGCUCAUUGGUGGGGUUUAUCUCCGGGCAUGAUGUCACUGUUAUCUUGUAUAUUUAACCUUUUUUUAUUUAUUUGAUUUGGUGUAAAAAUGUCCAGUUCAUAUCCUAUUCUUUUGAUAUACUACAUUAAAAGAAA